UGAUUCGCUGAGUGAAGCUUCUCGCUGAAACACAUACUGAUUCGUCGGCCAAAGGCCACCCUGGUGUUUCUUUCACCCUUAAGUAAACAGUAAAAUGUCUAAGUUAGAGCUGUUAAACUCGUAUCUGAUGGAGCGGCUCGCUGUGGCUGUUCGGGAGAUUGUGGAGGCGGUGGACGCCACGGUGACCGAGUACCGCACAGAGACCGCGCAGACACGCAUCGAAAACGAAACCCUCAAACAGCAGCUCCGAGAGCUUCUCACUCCAGCGCCAGAACCAGCCCAGAAGUCCUCCAAAUCUGGCUCAGAGGAAAUCUCUCCAUGUGGACAAAAGGAGUGGGGCUUGAACCUGGAACAACAAGCAGAACCUCUAGAAGUGAACCAGAACCAAGUAUUAAGUGAAGGUUCAGUUGGGCAGAAGAUGCCACAGACACAAGACCUGGUACCAGUUUGCAAAAAAGACCCAGAUCCUGAGGUUAAAACCCUCAAUGUGGACUUGUGCACAGAGAAUCCCCCUUCUGCAAACACAGAUGAGAACACCUUUCAAGAAGUGUUGUUGCCCGUUGUAAAACUGCACAGAGUGAAGCUUGAACCAGAAGAGAAGCAAAUUCCAGUAUCAUUACCAGACACUAACCUUCCUACAGAUCCGGGUCAUUCAUAUAGCCCUGAAUCCUCUCAGAGAAUGGGCAGUCCCAGCACAGGCAGUCAUAAUGUAUUGAUCUCAGAGGUAACAGAGAGAGGAGAGCUCCACAACACAGCUCAGCCGAAUCAGACAAGGAGCUUGGAGAAUGUGAGUAAAGAGGUGCACAAUGACGUGCUGUAUAAAUGUUCACAUUGCCGAAAGACAUUCACAGAACUGAAAAAGCUACAGAUGCACCAGCAAGCUCAUGAGAGAGCCUUCGGCUGCAACUGGUGUGGCAAGGGUUUCUACCAGUCAGCUGACCUUCGGCGCCAUUUGCGCACACACACUGGAGAGAGGCCCUACUUAUGCACCUGGUGCUCCAAGAGCUUUAGCCAAAGAAGCAACCUGCGGCGACACGUGCGUAUUCACACAGGAGAGAGGCCGUAUCGGUGCGCUCAUUGUGAGCGCAGUUUCAGUGACAGCCACACACUGAAGAAACACCAACGCAAACAUUAUGAUGAGCGAUACAAUUGCUCUCUCUGUGACCAGAGCUUCACUGUAGCCAGGUCACUGCAGCUUCACCUGUUAAAGCAGCAUCUCAUCGACAAAGACAGUCAAAGUAUACAGCAAACUGGCUUUCAGACUCAAACAUAGAGUAUACUCCUCCUUUACCAACCCGUUGUUCUGGAGUACUGAACUGUUUGAUAUUUUUAAGUAUUAUUAUUGUGUGUUUUGCAAAAGUUCACAGUUUGAAUAUGCAGUCAUGUAGAAAAGUCAGACUGCCUUCUGUAACACAUGAUACAUUGAUAUGUCAGUCUGAUCCUAGUAUGAUCUAAUUAUACAUGUUAUAAACUUAUCUGCCCCAGGAUUUUUAUUUUAUGUAAAUCUCUCAGUUAAAAAGAUAAAAUAUCUAUUUAUCCUCAAAGUAUACUCCUUUUUCUGACUUCACCCUUCAUCUGAAGAUGUGUAAGAUUUGUGGCUUGUUUAACACGUUGCAACUCAAGAUCAAAAUUUAA